GAUAUAUGUAUGUAUAUAUAAACAUCACAACAGAACGGAUUUCAUCGUCAGUGAAGUUUAUCAUGUCAGCAGAUAUUUAGAGUCAUCUUGCGUUUGUGUAACAGUCUCAACUAUAUCAGCACUAGCAUUUGUGCGGAAUAUCUGUGCAGAUCGCUCAUCAAGUCAAGGAAUGGGUUUGUUAUCGGAAGGUUCGCCUUUGACCUGGGAAGAGACGAAGCGACAUGCUGAGCAUGUUCGUAAGCAUGGCAUCAAGCAGUUUAUCACUCAGUACAAGAAACUAAAGCAACGGACACGGGAUGUUCUAUACUGGGGAGAUGAGGUUGAGUAUAUGUUGGUGAAGUUUGACCACAGCAAGAAGAAGACCCAGUUAUGUCUCAAAGCUCAGGAUAUCCUUGGAGCUCUGGUCCAGAAGCAGACAAAAGAUUACCCCGCUACAUGGCACCCUGAGUAUGCCGACUAUAUGGUGGAGGGCACUCCAGGGAAACCAUAUGGCUGCCUCAUGGCUCACUUCAACCUGGUGGAGAGGAAUAUGAAGCUAAGGCGGGAGGAGAUUCAGUCACUGCUUGAACCAAACGAGGAAGCAAUGUCCAUCACAGUCUUUCCCAGACUAGGGUGUCCCAACUUCACACUCCCAUCAUUCGAACCAACCCCGACGUCUGGAUCAUCGCGAUCUCUCUUCUUCCCAGAUGAAGCUAUCAACAGUGGCCAUCCACGCUUCAGAACUUUAACAAGGAAUAUUCGGGAACGUCGCGGGGAAAAAGUGAUCAUUAAUGUACCAGUGUAUAAAGACAUCAACACAGAAGAUCCAUUUAUAGAAGACUUUUCCUCCCUGGGAGACGAUGGCGAGGCUCAGAGAGCGGCCAAACCAGACAGUAUAUACAUGGACUGCAUGGGCUUUGGCAUGGGCAACUCAUGUCUCCAAGUGACCUUCCAGGCUUGCAACAUUGACGAGGCUCGCCUUCUGUAUGAUCAGCUCACUACACUGUGUCCCAUGCUGUUGGCACUGAGUGCUGCUUCACCCAUCUACCGUGGCCAUCUUGCAGACAUCGAGGCACGGUGGACCGUCAUCGCCCAGGGCGUGGAUGAUCGCACCAAGGAGGAGCGUGGCCUUGAACCGUUGAAAGAAAACAAGUUCCGUAUCAACAAGUCUCGCUAUGACUCGAUUGACAGCUACCUGUCCCCUGGCGGCUGCUGCUACAACGACAUUGAAAUGGUCUACGACAAGGAUCUGUACAAACAGCUUCGCGAUGAAGGUGUAGAUGAACUGCUGUCCCGCCACCUUGCCCACCUGUUUAUACGAGACCCCAUCUCCCUGUUCAGUGAGAAGAUUGACCAGAAUGAUGACGAGGACACUGACCAUUUUGAGAACAUCCAGUCAACCAACUGGCAGACCAUGAGGUUCAAACCCCCCCCACCCAACUCAGACAUAGGCUGGAGAGUGGAGUUCCGGCCCAUGGAGGUUCAGCUGACUGACUUUGAGAAUGCUGCCUAUGUGGUGUUCAUUGUGCUCCUUACGCGAGUCAUCCUCACCUUCAAACUCAACUUUCUCAUACCCAUCUCAAAGGUUGAUGAAAACAUGAAAACGGCCUCAAAGAGAGACGCAGUCAGACAGGGCCGGUUCUACUUCAGGAAGGAUGUUGUCACAGAUUGCUCCCCGCCUGAGGCUGCAGAGUGUAUGGUGAACUGUGAGAAGACUCCCUGCAAGUGUAUUGCCGAUGAAUACACAUUGAUGAGCAUCGAUGAAAUCAUCAAUGGCAAGGGAGAUUUUGUUGGUUUGAUGUCCCUGAUGAACAAGUACAUGGACAGUGUGGAGACGGACGUGGACACUCGCUGCACCAUCCUGCAGUAUCUACAGCUCAUCUCCAAAAGAGCCUCAGGUGAGUUGAUGACAACAGCACGAUGGAUUCGCGAAUUGGUCAACAACCAUCCAGAUUACAAGCAAGACUCCGUCGUGUCCGACAGCAUUGCCUAUGACCUUCUGUCCAAAUGUGCUGCCUUUUCACGAGAAAGUACUGAUGUGCCCGAACUUUUGUUUUCCUAUUCAACUAAAUCUGCUGAUACCAUUCCAUUGGCUGUGUCCAAGGCACAAGAGUACUACCAUGAGAAGAGUAAGAAGAAAUAGAAACAGGAAGUUAGGAAUUAUCUCCCCUUUUGUUUUCAAGCAAUGGUGCUAUGGGGUGGCCACACUAGCAUACAAUGGUUCAAUCAGUUAGUCUGCUUUAAUAGACAUGAAACUGGCUUCAGGUUAGUAAUUGUUCCAUUGGUCAUAAUGGAUUGUCAAAUCAAAAUCAAUAAUAUUUGGAACUCAUGAAGAGGUGUGUUGAUAAGCACAAAGGCUAAUAUAUUACAUAGCUAGAGUUAGAUUACUUUCUUUAUCCUGAAGUUAAUGUGAGUUUUAAAUUAAUGCAAAAGAUGUGAUUAUCCCAUGUUUGCAUUAACUCUGGUAUCAGGGAGUUUAUUGUCUUGUCAGGUUCACUGCACAUUCCUGAUGCAAUGACCUACAUAACAAAGCUUUGAAGAAGCAAUGCAACCGGCGCUAAAUUUAGUGUACCGUGUCAAGUGUGCUCACUUUGUUUACACAAGUUAUUAGACGCCAACCAUGUAUGACGGCACCCUUGUUUUGGGCAAAAAAAAUAUCAUUACAAGCAAAAAAUCACAUUACAUGCACCAUCUUCCCGAGGCAAGAGAGUUAACUGACUUUAAAAGUCCAGUUCCACCCUUGCCGAACUAGACUGGAAUUCCUGGCCUUGA